AUGCCACAGACGGAAAUAGCGUUAAAUCCGAUGGGCGGCGGCGGUAGUAAUUCGUUCGCAAGGGGCCCUGACGCCGAGGCUGCGAACAUCAACAGAAGACCUGCUAAAGAUGGCUCUUCGACACAGGUUCCGAGUUCUGAUGGGCUCAGAGGUGAAGAAGGGAGACAAAAUGAUAACCCCAUUGGGUCGUGGCUAUGUGCCGAGGGCGAAUAUCGCAGGUACAUCGAAGCGCUAAGCAAAUCGAACCCUGGGCUGAAGAGCGCCGAUCCAAACAACGCAAAAUGGCCGUUACAGAACGGCAACGCUCACGUGGUGUUCCUUGAUUCACCGGCUAUAGCAACUCCCAAACCCACAAAACGGCAUGCUGGGUUCACCAAAACCGAGUUCAGGAAUGUAAAUGAUCUCGAAAAACACUUUCACGAAGCAAAGAAAGAUGAGAAUCACGACCGCAGACGCAUCUACAUUAUGGAGGGCUUGGCUCCUGACUAUAUUGCCCAGGUCGGUGGUCACUUCUUCAUGGAUCCUACUUUCUUUCAAAGACAAGAGCGAACGUGUCCUUGGAGCAAUGACUUCACUCCUAUGAGUGAUGCAUUACCACAGCCAAGCUUACUGGAACCCGAGAAAGCGUUUCAUUUGCAGUACUGCGAGUUGAGGACGUUCAAUAAGGCGCUUGAACCAAACAAAUACUACUUCUGCCAGCGGACUGGGCGGCACAUUGGAAUGACAGCAUCACGCAAGAGAGAGAAGACUACUGUUGGUAUACUGAGAAGGAAAGUGGCCUGGUGGUCGCGAAAAACUGAUAAUGGGGGCUGGGAUGUCGUCAUACUCUGUGAUCCUCAGCUUGUGAAUCUUCAACCCACGCCUAAGCCCAUAGAGGAUGAUCAUACGACAUUCACGAACUCUCCUUUCCAAGAUGGUUAUGUUGAUUUUCUGCCGCCUGUUCCAUAUCAUCAAAUGGCGAGUAUAAGACCACAUCCGCAUACAUCGGUGCUUGUCGAUAUUCUCUACUACUAUGAGCAACACUCGGAGCUAUUUUCCUACGACGAAUGGAAGUCGCCAGAAACAUCUGCAGUAUUUCUCAAGAAGAUCGUUGCAGCACAUUACCUCCAGCUGGUGGACUACAUCAAAGUGAUGCUGCCUUCAUUAGAGCUUCGUCUUACGACUGCCUGGGUGCAAGAACAAGACCAAUGGAAGAGUUUGCAGACUACAUCUCGUCGCUGCGGUAAUUACCGCGACGACAUCGAAGACAUCUUGCUCAGUCUCGGUUAUCCACUCGAUGACCAGAUGAGCUGUUCUGCGAACAAGAGUACGGUGGGUUGGAAAGACUGCGAGAAGGACUUUCAACACGCCUACUUCCGACUCAAGAUCCUCAAACAGCGUGCGGAUAAUCUCAUGCAGUCCAUGACCGGUCUAGCAUCCAUUGCUGGCAACCACCAGAAUCUUGAAGAAGCCAAACGCGUGAAGCGACUGAACCUGCUCGCUCUGUUCUUCAUCCCACUUGCAUAUACGAGCAGCUUGUUCAGUAUGCAGGAUACCUACGCGCCCAACCAGAAGCACUUCUGGGUCUACUGGGUCAGCGCUUUGGGCGUCGCUGUGUUUACGGCUGCGGUGAUGUGGGGGCUGGACAAGUCUUUGGACGACGAAGCGCAGUGGACUUGGGAUCUACUCCAGAAGGCCAAAUUUUGGGGCAAAGAUAGAGUCGAUCCAAGUGCGGGCGAGAGAAACAAUACGGGUCUUUUUAAUCAGCGUUCUCAUUGAGCAUGGGCCGGUGUUUCCUCGGAGUCUGUUUGUUUUGUGUUUCGGUGCUUGGAGCAGGCGUUUUUCGGAAAAAACAUCACGAGACCUAGCUUUUUCACACUUGGCUCAAAUAUCAGGAGCGCGGUUUUUUGGUUUCGUUGUUUCAUCAAGUGAAACGCGCUGGCACUUGAGUGCCGUGAAAGCUCGUACAACUGGCAUCUGAACCAAGGACUUGCAUUGUUUCGAACGAUCUCGGUAACAGUUCCCCUUACACAUUUUUUCACACGGCUGACAGCGUCCAAGCUCGUGUUAUGACCUCUCCAUACCCAAGAUUCAGAGAGUCUUUAGGAUACUUUGGUACCAAGAAAGUGACCAAGUGGCUCUUUAAUCUGUGAUCUAACAUGGGACAAUUUUUCAUUUUCCAAGCUAGCAGUUCCAUCUACCCGUUCUCCAGCGUUUUUCAUUUUGUAUUGGUUGCAAACCCCCCUCUUCCCGCGCCCAGAUCAGCACUAGCAAGCGUUCUCUCCCUGCCAAGUUUCACCUCCAUUUCCACAUAUGCUUUCGCCUCAGUAUCAAGAAAAUACAGCUAUCCUAAGAUUGGAAUCCAACUACUCAUAUUGAACGCCGCGUGUAUGCUACACAAGUGCUUACUGGACAAUACUCGUAUGUUGGACGCGAGUUUGGCGUGUUUCAUGGAGCGGUUGUGAGCUGGGGUCUUUGACACCAUGGCGGCGCGCAGUGUUCGUUUUCGAUGGAGUACAUGGCUGGAAGAUGAGAGGAGUAAAGCAGAGCUUGGGGUCACGGCGUGGAGUUGUGCCAGUAUGUGCGAGGGGAUGGCGGUACAUCCGGGCGCGACCGAGAUGAGACCGAGAGUUCAUCUUAACGACUCCGUGGCAGAUGGGUUGCGUGAACUGUCGUGACUUCCCGAGGAUAGAUGACAGACAAGACUAGCUCUCUGCUCUGGAUGUCUGGUAUGGCAAGUUUGGACGAGAGCAUACUGCAAAUGUUAUAUAUGCGAUUGACUUCCGCGAGAAGACGGCUAGUCCGAAGCAGACAAGACCUCAGCAACGCAAACAUAUCUACCACUCCA